AUGCUUUUGCAUGCGCAAUGUCAGCUUGUGGUCCUAGAUGAGGACAUUGGCCUUUUGUCAAAGGUAGGUUUCAUUGCCAGAAGAGAUGGUCAGGAGCGGCUUUGGUGGUCUUUAGACUACUUGUUCGACAAGUUCAAAGCAAGCGGUGACGAGAAACGCGUCUUGUUCAAAUGGAUUCAAUUCUUCAAGCAGAAGGUAUCACAAUCAACUUUCUGUGAUGAUCCUUUUUUCUGCCAAACAAAGCAAACGAAUUUGCCUCAGCAUGCUCUACACGAAAAUGUGGCAACCACCUUCGCUGUCCUGGUAUUCUUCAAUGUUUUGCUAAAGGAAUCCAGAACGCCCAAGACCGUGCAAAUGCUAAAGAAUUGGAUUCCGGUACUUUGCAACAGAGCUUGCUCCAUGCUCUCCAUCCUAGUUAGUCUGGAUGUUGAGGACUUGCAACCACUGAUUGUGUCCCCUGCAGGUUUGGUGAAAGGUAUGGAAAGCAUGCUGAGCUCCAAGCACCGUACUUGUUUUUUUGCUGUGCAGAAAGAAUGGCAAUCGAUGCAUGAAUCUGGAGAAUUGAGCGAAGAAUUGAUCAGUGACGCAGAUUCAGCCAUCCCGCUCCAGGACUUGCUUUGGUUUGUUGUCUCUGUCGACCGGAAACGGAGAUCGUCUGGCGGCCAUGUGUGGCCGAAGGACAGCGUCACAGGGUCUACGUUGUUGAAACUUCAGAAAGCCUUGCUUGACUUUGUUGCCCAAGGCAUCGACAGGUAUGUCAAAGAAAGCUACAUCCAGACCCACAACACGGACAAACCUGCUCCCUCUAGAAGGGUUCUUGGGAUUGCCAGUGAUGUUCCUGAUGGACAAGUAGCACCAAACCCAGCGACGAAAGUCAUGAUGUCUCCUGAUGCGAUUUAUGAAUUGUUUUCCCAAGCCAGGGAGACAAGUGUGUCAAUGAAACAGGCGCUGCCUUUUCUUCAGGGCGAAAGGGUGUCUUCCAUGGCGGGCUGCAAGCCGACAGCCGUGGACCCAUGGGUGCGACGAGCCCAGUCCAUAUACGAUGAAAGAGCAGCACUUUCGCUACUUGGGGUGACUCAUUACAACUUGGUUUCCGAUUGCUCUGUGCAUAGCGGGAAGGAGUACCUUGAGAACAAACUUGUCAGACUGGCUUCCUACAGACAACUGCAAGCAAUUUCCCAGCAACUCCACUUUUUGACGAAUGGUCAGAUGAAGAACCUUGAUUCCUUUGCAGUGCCUGAUGGCAUUACGUUGAAACCUGUCAUGUCUGGAUGGGACCGCUUUCUUCGUCAGGAACCUGGACGAAACAGAGCUGGGUUCAGGAAUUCAACCGAUGGCAGUGAGAUCUUGCUAUUGCCUGAUGAUCGCCAGUGGUGGGUUGAUGUUCCACUAUUGGUCUUGCAGCUGGAUCAAGGCCCAACAUGUUGUGGAGGGGCAGCGUUUGCGAUUGGCAAAAUGGAGAGCAUGAUCUUGGCCAGGUGGGAUGUGAUACACAGAUCCAUCCGAGAUGUGAAACUGUCAUUGCUCCACGGGGCUGGUGGCGAAUUUUAUCAGGCCCAAUUUCAUUCGCAAUAUCUGUUCAGUUUGGCCUACAGGCCUUAUGGAAGUUCAGGCUUCUUUGAAGACAAAAAACGUUUACUGGAGAUGAUGAUGGCGAGAGAGGGGCCUGACACAGUGCCAAUGUUUGUCGACUCCUGGGAAAAAAUCCGGGAUGAAAUUGGCUUGCCGUCUACUGCCACCAUGACUGAUACCUGGAAUGCUCUCCCAAAUCUUGAUGGCUUCCGCACGAAGCAAACCUUGCCCAAACCGUCUCGAUGGUUUGCGUGGAACCAGGCAGUGGAAGAAAAAUUGCCAGAGUGGACAGCUCUCAAGUGUGUGCUUGCUUACCAUUUUGAUGGUAAUGAUGGCCUUGACCCUGAUGACGCUUUUCACAAAAGACAGCUGGAUGCCAUGGCCAAGGAAUCUGCACAAGAAACCGAAAGAAAGAACAUGAGGAAAGAGUUUGGCAAACUCAAAGAGAAACUUGGUGGCGGGCUCAAGCUUUGCUUCCACAUCAUGAGCAACAAACUGUUGCAGAUGGUGAAGAUCAUAGCCCUUUGUACUCGGCCGGUGUGGUCCUGGUACAGCCAUUCCAUCAUGGAGGUCUUGAAUGCAGAGCACCAGGUGCACAAGCUGAUCGUGCUGCAACGCAAUUGGGUUAAAGAGACGCACUUGCAAAAACUUGCAGCCCUUCCAACGUCAUUGUCUGAAGAGCUGGUGCACUUGCUCGACAGCUACAGUAGCUCUUUCAACGACACCGGCCCCAAAGUCUUGGAGUUGAGCCAGCAGUUGUUGAAACAUCGCUGCUGGUCAUUGUCAAAGGCGUCGGCGCCCCCUGAUUGCUAUGCUGGUUUGCUUUCGUCUGACCCAACUGAACAGAAGGCGGCUGCGUCUUUGCUACGAGCUGAUCAUCGCAAUCUCCUGGAGCUAGAGUCAGUUGUGGCCAAGACUGGCAAGUGCCCUCCAAAGAUUCUACAGGACAUCAAUGUUGUCUGCACUCCUGCGACUCGCUUGCUAUUUUUGAGUUUCGAAGAAGGCUCGUAUCACCACCAGACUCCUGGUGGCCUGCAUUUACUUCGCGGCAUGCUUCAGACGCUCCCAGACUCCAAAAUUGUGGAGGAUGUGCAUGGCACUUUGAGAAAAGAGUCCAAGAAAGCGCCCAACAAGCGGCAGACGGCGCAAGCGCUCCAGGAACUAGUGUGCAACUCGCCGGUGCUUGCUACCCGGGGCAUCCAGCACAAAGCCUUCGUGACGAAGGAAGUUUUUCUGCGGUCCUUUCCCAGAAUGAAGGAGAAAAAGCGUGCAAGGCGCUAUAUGGCUAAGCAUCACAGCCUUUCAAAGAAGUGGUCGGAGCUGAUGUCAAGAAAAAAUUGGGCGACAAUCUCUGAAGAAACAUUGCACAAAGGGGCGGCAUGUUUGAACUUUUUGAGACGCUACGUGGAAGAUGACAUGGGUUCCAGGGGCCUCCGCCUCUCCCAUGGAUGUUUCUCCAAAUUUGCUGUGGAGCUGUGCAUUUUGUGCAGAGUGGUGGACGAUGCUGCUGAAUAUCAUGGCUUUUGCUUGGGCAAUGGUACUUGGGGAGCCCUCUUUUGGCCCCUUUGUUUGCACCAAGAUGGCGAGUUUGAAGGAUACUACUUGGAUCCCAAUGGGGAAGCUGAGUGGGUACAUGUGCUGCAGCCACAAGAGUGGCAUGUGCUGGUUCAUGAGGCCGUUUUGCACCAGCAGCAAAUCUUUAUGGUGCCGAAAUCAGAAGUGCCUCUGCUACAAUUUUUUCUGCAGGAAAGAACCUGUCGGAACUCUUUGACCGUCGCAGAUUUGACUAUGUUGGCUGAGGUCUUCAAGCUGACCAAUGAGAAAUUUGAUCCAAAGAAAAUGAACCGUGAAAAGCAGCUCAACGCCAUUCUGGAUUAUGUUGGUCAGGACAACUUGGAGUGGCUUGACAAGGUGAAAGCUUCUUUAUCUGAGCCAGCAAAAGAAAAAAAAAUCGGUGAUUCUUUGGACGAAUUCAUUUUGUCUGAAAUGCCUCAGGAGGAUCAACGCGAUUUCAAGGAAGUUGCAGAUGAAGUGGAUUCCAAAAGGAAAGCUGGGUGGACACUUGUCGAACAAAGAUGGAGGAAAGAGGCAGAGAAGAAGAGAAAAAGAAAGGGACAACCAAAGGCAAAAGCAAAGGUGAAAGCUGGUAAAUUUGCAACGCGCAGCAAAAAACGGAAAGAGCCUGAACCUGACCUUCCACCAAGCCUUCCUGCAGUGGCUGAUGCCAUUGAGAAUCACGCUGGAGAGUUUCCUGAUGGCGCUGCAGAGUUUUCUGAUGGCCCCGUCCUGCCUGGUGAUGCUGCUGAGGCUGAGCCUGACAGUGCGCAGGUCGUUGCCAGGGACAUUCCUGACGACAUGAUGGCCAAUGGCCCACGCAAGGGAGAAAUUUUCGCAGACGUCUUACUCGGUUGA